UGAGCUGAAUUUAUUAUGCCUAAAAUAAAUGGAGAUUGAGCAUAAAUUAAAUAAUUACAGUGAAAGGAGAUAACAUUUUUAACUAUUUCGUGAAUUAGUCCGAUAGCCAAGAUGAGUUUCCUCACAGUGGACCGCCAGACUCCGUCCACGAGCGCGGAAAAAGAGUCUGAAGAAACUGAGAAGAAUGAAGAUCUUGAGGUGGACAAUUCAUCCAGCGUGUUGCUCAAGAUCGCGACCCUGUAUGCCGAGCAGCUGAUGAGCGACCUUGUGCUGGAGGUCGGAGGAGUAGCCUAUCCAGCACACCGGCUCAUACUCUGCGCCAGCAGUGAGGUGUUCCAGGUGAUGUUGAUGAACCGCGAAUGGAGCGAGUGGCGUGAGAGCCGCAUUGUGCUUCAGGAGACACCUCAGGCCUCUGCUGUCUUUCCUCACUUUCUCAAGUAUUUCUACACAGGACAGAUCCGUAUAUCGCACAGCACAGUGCUUCCCGUACUCUCUCUUGCUGACAAAUACAAUGUUAAGGAUCUGGUAUCCCUAUGUCUUCGCUACAUGGGGUCUCACGUGGCGCAGGCGGCCAAGCGCGGGCGCCUGGUAGGCUGGAUGCAGUACACCAUGGCUUGUGGGCACGCUCCGGUUGCCAAGGCGUGCCAAAACUUCGUGAAAUGGAACGUGGAGUGGGUGUGGUCGGAGCAGGAGUUAGCAGAGCUCGAAGGCGAAGCAUUGCUGCAUUUGUUGCAGCAGUCCGAUCUAGUGCUGCACAAUGAAAUGACGCUUUAUCGAUUCGUAGUGCGGUGGCUGGAAUGUCAACGUGAGCGGCUCAACACCAGCGACCUGGCCGAGGCGGAGCAGAAAGCUCACUGGCAGUCGCUCGUGCCCGCUGUGUUCUCACACGUCCGAUUUCCCAUGAUGUGUCCUAACCAGCUGGCUAAGUUACUACUCUGUCCGCUCACGCAAGAGCACAAGGAGUUCUUCAUGGAGCGUAUGGCGAUCGCUAUGAGCUACCAGUCAGGUCAAUACGAACGCGUGGCAGAAAUCCAGCAAACAGAAGCAGGUCGCAUGCUGUUCACACCACGGUUGUACACAGAAGACACUUGGGGUUCGAUUCUCGGCGUGGACAACUUCCACUCGCUGCCCUGUUACCACACUAGGACAUUCAUCUUCUCCAGCAAAUCGAGCAUGGGCGCGUCGUCAAGCGACCGGCUCACGGAGUGGACGGUGGACCUGUACCCCAAGGGCGUGUGGUUCAAGAAGAGCAUGCUCAUCGUGUGGUCCGGGACCUUCGAUGUGCCUGAGGUGGUACUGCGAACGGUCCGCGUGUCCAUCACGUGCCAGAACCCGCCAGACGCGCCCGACUACGACGACCAGCAAGAACCCGACGUGAGGGUCAAGAUUGGCCUGCUCGUUUGGGGCGUGCAGAAAGGCGUGGAACAUAUCGCCUCUGUGGUCGAGAGAGUGCACAGGUUUUCUGCUCAAAACAGGGUAUUGAACAUAGAUGGCGCGCUAGACUUCGACGAGCUGAACACGCCGCUGUACUCGCCCGCCUGCCACCCGCACUGCCGCGACCCCUCGCAGGCGUCCGUCUCCUCACAGUCGCAUAAGGAGAGUUGUCCGAAAUGCAGCGAGAGAUGCGACAAUCCGGAGCCAAAGCAUCUAUUGGGACCCAACAGGGACCAACUCAGAAUCCAAGUAGUAAUCGUGCCUCUAACAGACUACUGUCACGUCGGUACCCCGGACACCGCCACAUGACCGGCUGUCGUCGAACCGACGCGUCCGAGUGUAGAGCCGACGCGUCCGCGCACGGAACCGACGCAACGCUUACCGAUACGCAGGAACUCUGUCAGUAUAAACUGGUUCUUUGGCUUCAACCGACACUAGUUUCAACAAAGCUUUUUAUUUAAGACUAGCUCUUGCCAGCGGCUUCGCUCGCGUUAGAAAGAGACAAAAAGAAGCCUAUGUCACUCUCCAUCCCUUCAACUAUCUCCACUUAAAAAAUCACGACAAUUCGUCGCUCCGUUUUGCCGUGAAAGACGGACAAACAAACAGACACACACACUUUCUUUCCCAUUUAUAAUAUUAGUAUGGAUAUUAUAGUUAGCUAACGUCACAUGACCGGCCGCCGUCGAACCGACGCGUCCGAGAGUAGAGCUGACGCGACAUCUCACGGAACCGACAACGACGGAACGCUUACCGAUACCACAGUAUAAUAAAGAGUACUUUGGCCACUCCCGCUCCCCGCUGAAAGUGCCGUCCACCCCCUCUUGGUUACCUCAAAGUUACCGCCUGUCAAAAACGCUAACAGUCGAC